AUGGAAGGGUUUGAAAGGUAUGGUAAGAAGAGGGUGAUGGUGGUGGUGGAUCAUACAUCAAAUUCCAAGCAUGCUAUGUUGUGGGCUCUAACUCAUGUGGCUAACAAGGGUGAUUUGGUCACUCUUCUUCAUAUUGUUUCUCACUCAACAAACAGGCUCUCUGAAAUGCCUUCUGAGUCUUCUUCUUCCUCAUUUCUUGCGAAUUCUCUUGGCUAUCUCUGCAAAGCUUCUAGACCUGAGGUGGAAAUUGAAGCACUGGUGAUUCAAGGCCCAAAACUGGAGACAGUUUUGAGCCAAGUGAAGAAGCUUGAGGCAGCUGUUUUGGUGGUACCCCAGAAAAAGCCUUCACUGUUUGGCUGCUUCUGUGGGACCAACAGCUCAGAGCAGCUUGUUGAACAGUGCAUCAACCAUGCAGAUUGCUGUACAAUUGGGGUUAGAAAACAGACCAAUGGCAUGGGAGGUUACCUUAUCAACACCAGAUGGCAGAAGAACUUCUGGCUUCUUGCUUAGUUGUCUUCUUCUACAUUUAACAGACAAAAAAAUAUCACCAAUGCAUCAUCCAUUAGCUUUAAUCUUAAUCUUAACCCUGUAACUAAAAGCUAGAAUGAACUAGAUGCUCUUUAGAUUGUAGAACUCUUCAUCGAAGUUCAAUGUAUUCCUCUUCCCUAAACAUUUUCAUAAUCAGAAAUUCAUAUCUUUCAUUCCAA